GUGAGAACAUCGUUGCCAUGGCGAGGGCAGUGGUCUGUCUGUCUAUCUGCCUGUCUGUCUGCCUGGGCAGCAGCUCCCACAUCUCCAUCAAGAUGAACCAGUCCAUCAACAGCCUCCUGCAGCAUUACCCGAUCUCCGAUGACGACAGAUACAACGGGAAACCGGUCUUCUCCAAAGAUCUGCUAGGCAGCAAGAUGGAGGACUGGGGGAAGAGGGUUUUCAUGGUCAGCGUUCUGGAGGCGUACGAGAAGCUGCUGGGCCAGAUGCUGAGCGAGCCGCCGCUGAACAGCAGCGCCCAGAACUGCUCGGACGGCCGGGCCGGGACGGGCCCGCUCGCCCACAGCCUCUGCUUCGUCCUGAGGGCCGUCCGGGACCUGAGGAGACACCACUACAGGAGCCUGGAGCCCGACCGCAACAAGCUGCUGGGAGGCCUGCAGGCCGUGCAGAAGAUCCAGGAGGACAUCAAGAGACGCGUUGUCUGGAGCAAGGCAUUGUGGGAGCUGCAGUGGCUGUACCAGGAGGCAAGCUCAUUGGUCGAGAAGAGGGCGCAGAGAAGGCGUCGGCGACGUCAAGCUCAGAGGGUAAAAAACCCUCAGAGAGGCUGA